AUGCCUGAAUAUGCUGAAGAGAAGACAUGGAGAUCAUUGUUUACGCCUAGGAAACUAAGCUUUUAUUUUCUGUUCCACGGAUUUCACCUCGCACUGUUCAUCAUAGGAUGGUGGAAACAACAGACCACCAAGGCACUAGAGCCUCUCAACCUACUAACAUUCUCAGUAUGGAUAUCGAGAGGUGCAGCAUUAGUCCUCAGCAUCGACACUACGUUGAUUAUGCUGCCUAUGUGCAGAAACAUCCUACGCUUUUGUCGACCAAAGAUCAAAUGGCUCGCCUUGGAUGAGUCGCGGUGGUUCCACAGACAGGUUGCAUACUCACUACUAUUCUGGACGAUAGUACAUACUGCAGGCCACUACGUUAAUUUCUUCAACAUUGAGCGAUCGCAACUUCGAAGACAAGCUGCUGUUCAGAUCCACUAUACUCAAGCUGGCGGUGUGACAGGCCAUAUCAUGCUCUUGUGUAUGCUUCUCAUGUACACCACAGCACAUCAGAAGAUUCGCCAACAGUCAUACGAAACAUUCUGGUACACACAUCAUCUGUUUGUGCCUUUUCUACUGGCCUUGUAUAGCCAUGCUACUGGAUGCUUUGUUCGAGAUACUGUUGAGCCGGUGUCGCCUUUUGCUGGCAAAUACUUCUGGAACCACUGUCUUGGAUACGAGGGCUGGCGAUGGGAGUUAGUGGGUGGUGGGCUAUACUUUUUAGAAAGAAUAUAUCGAGAGAUCCGUGCUCGUAGGCCGACAGAGAUCAUCAAAGUCGUCAAACAUCCGUACGAUGCAGUGGAGAUACAGUUUCGCAAGCCCAGCAUGCAGUACAAAGCCGGACAGUGGCUGUUUUUGAAUUGUCCGGAAGUGUCAAAACACGAAUGGCACCCCUUCACCAUCACAUCUUGUCCUUUCGAUCCUUAUGUCAGCGUACAUGUUCGUCAAGUGGGAGACUUUACCAGAUCGCUCUCUAAUGCACUAGGCGCUGGACCGGAGCAAGCUGCCUUGUAUGGAGAAUUGGAUCCUAUGGGAAUGUACGAAGUUGCCCUACAGCAUGGCCAGCAAAUGCCUAGACUUCGCAUUGAUGGACCUUAUGGAGCGCCUGCCGAAGACGUAUUUGACCAUGAGAUUGCCAUUUUAGUUGGUACGGGUAUUGGCGUCACGCCGUGGGCUUCCAUUCUCAAGAAUAUCUGGCACAUGCGACUAUCACCGAACCCACCCAAACGACUGAAAAGAGUCGAGUUCAUCUGGGUAUGCAAAACAACCACAUCGUUCGAAUGGUUCCAGGCCUUGUUGUCAUCUCUGGAGAUGCAAUCGCUGUCUAUGUCUUCACCACCGAACGAGAACAAACCUAAUGAGGAGACAGACGAGUUUUUGAAGAUUCACACUUACCUGACACAGAAGAUGGAUGUUGAUCAAGCCAACAACAUCGUGUUGAACAGCGUUGGCACUACCAAAGAUCCGCUCACAGAACUCAAUUCCAGGACAAAUUUCGGUAGACCUGAUUUCCAGAGGUUGCUAGGCGCUAUGAGGGACUCGAUCGAGAACGGGACGUAUAUCAGCGGGUUAGAGUCUAGGAGGGCCGAAGUGGGAGUGUAUUUCUGCGGGCCAAACAUGGCAGCAAGAGGAAUCAGAAAGGCGUGCCAUGACGAGUCUAGUCACGAUGUCAAAUUCCGGUUCUGGAAAGAGUAUUUCUAG